AUGGCAUCAUCGGGGGCUCCUGUGGAAUCCAUCGACGUUGAUGCUAUCAUUGAGAAGCUUCUCGAGGUACGUGGGUGUCGGCCCGGCAAAGGAGUCCAAUUGACUGAUGGUGAAAUACGAGCUUUGUGUAACAAAUCUAGACAGAUAUUCCUAGAGCAACCAAACUUGUUGGAACUAGAAGCACCGAUUAAAAUAUGUGGUGAUGUGCACGGUCAGUAUUAUGAUCUUUUGCGGCUCUUUGAAUACGGUGGAUUCCCACCAGAAGCAAACUACCUCUUCCUUGGAGACUAUGUGGAUCGGGGCAAACAGUCGUUGGAGACUAUAUGUCUGUUGUUGGCGUAUAAAAUAAAGUAUCCUGAGAAUUUCUUCUUACUCAGAGGAAACCACGAGUGUGCCAGUAUCAACAGGAUUUAUNNNNAACGCAGAUACAACAUCAAGCUAUGGAAGACCUUCACCGAUUGUUUCAACUGUUUGCCGGUAGCUGCCAUAGUAGACGAGAAAAUAUUCUGCAUGCAUGGGGGUCUCUCGCCCGAGCUCAACUCCAUGGAUCAGAUCAAACGGAUACUGCGCCCAACAGAUGUUCCUGACACCGGCUUGCUGUGUGAUUUGCUGUGGUCGGAUCCAGAACAAGACAUAAGUGGAUGGGGCGAGAACGAUCGAGGAGUGUCGUUCACCUUCGGCGCGGAUAUUGUACAAGCUUGUCUGAGGAAACACGACUUGGAUCUCAUCUGUCGGGCACAUCACGUUGUGGAAGAUGGUUAUGAGUUCUUCGCCAAGAGGCAGUUGGUAACGCUGUUUUCUGCUCCUAAUUACUGUGGUGAAUUCGAUAAUGCUGGCGCAAUGAUGAGUGUUGACGAGACCCUCAUGUGCAGCUUCCAGNNNNCAUCAUCAUUAAACUGUCCUGGAUGCUUCUAUCAUAUGCUAUGCGGCAGGCUAGUAUCAUCAUCAUCGUUAUCAUGGACAUACCUCCCGGCUAUUGUUCCUCACUUUCCAUAUUCUCUAGCAAUCAUCUGUACCUUUCAUUAUCAUGCCGUCAUCAUCAUCACCAUCGUCAAGUCUGUGUUGAUCUUAUCAUUUGAUCAUGUAAUCGAUCGUUUGGGCGGACACAAAGCUUCCAACAUUCUACCGGAGGCGCUGGCAACUUUUGUGGCGCGCGACGAUCCUAGUCCUAACGCGCUCACUGGAUUACCUAUCUCCUGUUUUAUACUUGUGUAA